CCAUUUUCUUCCCGUCGGGUCGGUGCUCCAUCACAUAAAUAUAUAUAAACAGAAGCUUGAUUUUGCCGCUCAUUUGAACGAGACUGUUUGUAUAAACCUUCCUCGACACACUUUCUCUAAGAAAAUGAGUUCGGAUUUAUCUCGCUCUGCGAACUCGUCCGGCGGCCAAAGAUCCAAGCGAAGCUUCAAUAAUAACAACAAUUCGACCUCUUCAAACCGUUCCAAUAACAGUAAUGAUAGCAAUAAGAAGAAGAAGAUUAGCCAGAAAACCCUAGGCGUCGCCUGGGGCGCCAAUUCGCUCUCUUCCUCUCGCUCCUCCUCCUUCCGCAAAUCACCGUUCUCCGAUUUCGGCAGUUAUAUGGUGGAGAAGAAUCGCAAACUUCAGAACCAGUUUGAUGUGGAAGCUUCGACUUCUUCUCAUUGUGGUUUGGGUUCCGGGAAGCCUAUAUUUCAUGGAGUUUCCAUCUUUGUUGAUGGUUUCACGGUUCCUUCCAACCAGGAACUGCGAGGCUACAUGUUGAAGCAUGGUGGAAGAUUAGAGAAUUACUUUUCAAGACGUCGUGUAACCCAUAUUAUCUGCAGUAAUCUUCCCGAUUGUAAAAUUAAGAACUUGAGAUCCUUUAGUGGAGGGCUCCCGGUGGUGAAACCCACGUGGAUUUUGGAUUCUGUUGCUGCAAACAAACUGUUGAGUUGGGUUCCUUACCAACUUGACCAGCUUGCUAAUAACCAACCAAAGCUGUCAGACUUCUUUGCGCUGAAAAGCAGCCCACAGUCCCAGGAUGCUUCGCCUUGUGCACCUGUUUGUCAAAGAAAUCCUGAAGCCGAAGAAUCACCUUUUAAAUGUGGCACAUCAAUUGAUGCAUAUUUAUCUGACGUGGGUGAAUCCGUUGAGCACAGUGGGCUAAUUAGUGGAGAAUCUGAUAAUCUUAUAAAUAAGAACUCAAAUGCAUCAUUAGUUGAGGAGCCAGCUAGCAGUUGUGGCAAACCUUCCGAAGUGACUAUGGCAACACCAAGUAAUUUUGAUGUAGAAGACGAGAGCAGUGUAAGAAAUGAACUGCAGUCAAGUCAUUACCAACCCUCUGCAUUGGUUAGCAGCAAUUUCAUGUACAAUCAUAAUAUGAAAGGUUCGCCAAGUUCAACAGUUGGUGGGCCUUCUAAUCAGCGUCAUUCAACUCUUGAGGAUCCCAAUUUUGUGGAAAAUUAUUUCAAGAACUCAAGGCUACACUUCAUAGGAACCUGGAGAAAUCGAUACCGUAAGCGUUUUCCCAGCUUUUCUAAUGGGUUUAAGUGCACAAGUUCCAGUAUUAAAGCCUCUGCUCCGAAGACUGCCGUUAUACAUGUUGACAUGGACUGCUUCUUUGUCUCAGUGGUCAUCAGGAACCAUCCUGAAUUGCAGGAUAAACCUGUAGCUGUAUGCCAUUCAGACAACCCUAAAGGGACUGCUGAAAUUUCAUCUGCAAAUUACCCUGCUCGAGAUUAUGGAGUUAGAGCUGGAAUGUUUGUUAGAGAUGCCAAGGCUCUUUGUUCCCACUUGGUCAUUUUUCCAUACAACUUUGAAGCUUAUGAGGAGGUAGCUGAUCAGUUUUACAACAUAUUGCAUAAGCAUUGCAACAAAGUGCAGGCUGUAAGCUGCGAUGAAGCAUUUUUAGAUGUUACAGACACAGAGGGGGAUCCCCAGCUUCUAGCUUCAACAAUAAGAAAAGAGAUUCUUGAGAGUACUGGAUGCACUGCAAGUGCUGGGAUUGCUGAGAAUAUGCUUAUGGCUCGUCUUGCCACAAGAACUGCAAAACCAGAUGGUCAAUUUUGCAUUCCUCCUGAAGGGGUGGAUGAUUAUUUAAGUCAACUUCCAAUCAAGGCACUUCCAGGAAUUGGGCAUGUUUUGGAGGAGAAGUUGAAGAAGCAAAAUGUUUGGACUUGUGGACAGCUGCGUAUGAUUUACAAGGACUCUCUUCAAAAGGACUUUGGAACGAAAACUGGAGAGAUGCUGUGGAAUUAUAGCAGAGGAGUAGAUAGUCGGUUGGUUGGGAUGAUUCAGGAAACCAAGUCUAUCGGUGCUGAAGUGAAUUGGGGUGUGAGGUUUAAGGAUGUGAAAGAUUGUCAAAACUUCCUCUCAAACCUCUGCAAGGAGGUUUCGUUGCGCUUGCAAGGUUGUGGAGUGAAAGGACGCACUUUUACCCUUAAGAUAAAAAAGAGAAGAAAAGAUGCUGUGGAGCCUGUGAAGUAUAUGGGCUUUGGAGACUGUGAAAACCUGAGCCACUCCACAACGGUUCCAGUUGCUACUGAUGAUGUGGAAGUACUUCAAAGGAUAACAAAGCAGCUUUUUGGGUCCUUUCAUUUAGAUGUCAAGGAGAUUCGGGGUGUUGGUUUGCAAGUUUCCAGGCUUGAAAGUGCAGAUAAUUGUAAGCAAGGGCUUGAAAGAAAUUCUUUGAAAUCAUGGCUCAUCUCUGCCUCAGCAAGUACAGAAGAAGCAUGCAGUAAAUAUUGGACAGCCAAAGAGAGGUUUAAUAUAGGACAAGGUGAUGGAGUUUCGGGUCAGCUAUGUGCUAAUUCAGUUAGCCUUUCUAUCGAAAUGGACAAUAAUAUGUCCGAUAGUGAAGCUUGUGUGAACCAGGUGUCGGAGCUGCCACCUCUAUGUCAUCUUGAUAUGGGAGUUUUAGAGAGCCUUCCUCCUGAACUCUUUUCAGAAUUGAAUGAAAUAUAUGGCGGAAAGUUGGUUGAUUUAAUUGCUAAAAAUAAAGGCAAAAGUGAAAGCGUUAGAAGUUCUUUGAGCACACAUUCACAUCCGCAAGUUGAAGGUGCAAUGAAUGAGGGACAGGCAGUUUUCCAAUCUGACCCGGUUCUCCAUAAUGAAAUACCAGUUCAAAACAAGCAUAUAUAUGAGGAAGUUCAGGCAGUCUGUGUUUCUGGGGAAGAAUCCUACAGUGUCGUUAUUCCUGCUUCAGGUCUUGUAAAAACUGAUUUGAUGCCCUCGUCUCUAAGUCAAGUAGAUGGGGCAGUGUUACAACAGUUGCCUGAAGAAUUGAAAGCUGAUAUACUUGAGCUUCUUCCUGCACACAGGAGGCAAGAUGUUUCUUCAAAUGUUCUCUCAGAAGUCCCUCUGGAAUCAUUAGGUAUCAAGACAACUGAGAACCACUCUGGAUCAAAGGAUUCUAUAUCGGAUAAUGAUCUUUGGGCUGGAACUCCUCCACAGUGGGUUGAUAAGUUCAAAGUCAGCAAUUUCUUGAUAUUAAACAUUCUUGCAGAGAUGUAUUAUGAAUCAGGCUCAACAGGAAAUUUAUCUCCAAUUCUGCAACGUGCUAUUUCUGUUCCUAAACAUCAACUAGAUGCAAGUCGGGAAGGUUGGGAUGAAGCUACUCACAUUUUGCGCGAGCUUCUGAAGCAGUAUAUUAAACUAAAGAUAGAAUUUGAUAUUGAAGAGAUCUAUGUUUGUUUUUGUCUUCUUAAAAGGUUUGCAAUGAAAUCAGAACUUUUUCUGCACGUGUACACUGAUGUCUUUCCUUACCUUCAGGCAUCGUUUGGAGAAAACUAUGGAGGAAACUUGCAUAUAUCACUGAAGGAUUAGUGCUGCUUAUUGUGUAACAUUUUUUCUUAUUAACCUUCUUCCACUGUCCAAGGGGUGGGCUGUGCGACAUGAGCGAUAAAUACCUUUAAACCACCAUGCAAAUCGUGGGAAAUGGAAGCCACACAUAGGAGGUCCAUAUUUAAUAGUUAUGCUUGCGAACCUAUGAGCUGGACCAGCAAGAGUUGAAGCACAAGUUCAUUUACAAAACAAGCCAUAUUAGGCUUGACUUUCAGCUUGAUAACUACACAACCAAGGCAAACCAAAUCAUGACAGGCUUGCAGUUCUAUUGGUGUUGAAAUGCAUGGCAGUGGAAGUCUUUGAAACUCAAUUCCAGUAGCCACCGCCUCUCCCGCUCCAAGUCUACGACCUGUAUUGAAGUUUGAAUAUUCAUGUGUUUGAUAUAUGAUUGUCAUGGCUGAAAAUUCAAGCUUGUUUGUAGAGUGGGGUGCAGGUACUAAAUGAAUUUCAAAAUUAGAGGUGGAAUUGGGUACUCAAUAGUUUCCUCGACUCCAUUUUUUCUCAUUAACUGGGGGAUUGCUUUGGUUAGGGUUCUCGCUGCUUGUUCUGGAUGCGAUCACUUGAAAUAUAAGUCGGUUUGGGUUUAGGGUAUCAUUUGCAUUUAGUUCAGCUGGGCCUGGGGCAAUGUCUUCUCUCAUAAAGCUCAUUUUAAAGGCAGCUUUUUUCAUUCCUGAUGUGAAGCAUCCAAGACGUCAAGUUAUCAACUAAACAAAUGGACUUUCAAUUGCUUGCUCUCAGAGAUUCGUUUGAUUGAUGUAAAAUUGGUUUUUACAAUACUUGUGAUGGAUGUUAGUGGCCUGAAUUGGUACUUCUGCGGUUGAAAGAUUGCUUUGCCAUUACUUCAUGAUGGGAUAACUUAUGCUGCAUUACCUUUCUAGGCGUUUUCCACGUCCACUCACUGAGCAUGACAAUCAGAGGCAACAACUCUGUACAUUCUGUAGUUUUGUACGCGGUCACAGGUAUGAGUUGAUGCACAAAUGUAAGGGAAUUCUCCUGUCUGUUGAUUGAUAUCGAGGCCAUUCUGGAAUACUCAAACAAAAACCCGAUUGCGUGUGUUAAUUUAUUCUAAAUAUAUUCUGCAUAUAUAUAUUAUUGAUUUAUAUUCCCUAGUCUAGAUUGAUUUGUGUUUCAUUGUUUAAGUCGAUUUAGGUUUACUUGUAUAGGUCGACUUAUUCAACUAUAAAUAGGGACCUAUGUAUUGUAAAAAAUCAAGUUAUUGAACGCAAUGUAGUUUUUUGAGCUUUACCUUGUAGACGUGAGUCAUAGACCUAACCACGUAAAUUCUCUCUCUUUUGUCUCUCUUACUUCCAUUAUUAUUCCACUUUUAUUCUAUUUUAGAUUUAUACACAAAUCUCAACAGUGUGGAACAUUACUCUAGUUUUUGCGUAUUCUUUCUGGUUAGUUUCUUUGGAUUCAUUUGCUUUAUCAGU